CCCAAAGUCCCCAGCCAAGCGCGCCCUCCGCUCUGUUCCAGUACAGUUUUUUUUUGCGGCAAACCCCGCGCUUCAAAAUCUCCGCUCCCUCUGUCUUUCUGCCGCUCUCUCUUCUCUGCUGAACGAUGGUGAAGGAGAAGAGCGUGCCGGCGGCUUCGGCCAAGCUACCGGUGGAAGCGUCGAAGCUGGUCGGCCGCAUCGUCGAGAAGGGUUUCUCUUCCUCGAGCGGCGGCCGCUUCACCCUCCCCGAACCCUCUCUCCUCCCCUUUCCUGUUGCCCGCCAUCGAUCUCACGGUCCCCAUUGGGCACCUAGAGCUAGUAACGAGGAUGAAGAAGAUGUGGAAGAGGAGGAAACGGAUCCGGUUGCAGAUUUUGCACAGCCAAUACGAAGAAGGCCGAAGAAAGGCUUGGAUUUAAGCAAAUGGAAAGAGCUGGUGCCGAAAGAAUGCUUGGCGGUGGCAAAAACCAAGAGCAGUAAUGCCUCUGACUUGGUGGAACCUAAAGCGUCGGAAGCAUCUUCUUCCGUUGGGCUAUCUAUAUGUAAAAAGGAAAUGGAAACGGUCGACAGUUUUGACACUUUACCAGCUGAAAAUGAAGAACUGAGGACUUUGGGUGUGUCAGCAGCUAGUUUGUUUGAUAACCUGUCACAAGGAAAUGAUUUUUCUCUUCUUCAAAGAAAAAGACCAGGUUGUUUUCAAGCAGAGAUGCAGACUGAUCCACCAAGGGAACUUGGACCUGUUGAUGCUGGUGCGAUGUCAAACAUGAAUGACAUUGAUGCUGAUAAUAAUGCGCUCCUUCAAGCAAUGUCAUACGAGGAGAUUGCUGAAGCACAAGCUGAAAUAAAGGAAAGAUUUAAACCUGAAAUGGUAGAGAUGCUGAAAAAACGUGGGAAAAAAAAGUUGGAAACACAAAACAAGAUUCAAUUCGAGAAAAGUCAUAAGAUGGUUCUUGAUCAAAGGCAGUUGUCUAUGAAGUCAGUAAAGUUCCCACAGGGUAAAACUGAGAAGGAUCAUGAAUCAAUGGAUGUUGGAUUAUCUCCUAAGGCACCUAAACUUUCUGCCAGAGGGGAGGAUGAAAAUAUAAAUAAGUCUUCAAAAAACAUUCCUGGUCAUUCAGAAAAUAAUGCUACAACAGAAAUGCAUUUAUCUAAUAACAGUACGUGGCAGACUUGGUCUAAUAGGGUUGAAGCUGCAAAGAAACUUAGAUUUACUUUAGAUGGAUCUAUCGUCACAGAGGACUUGGGCGAAUACAAAUUUGAUAAUGUAAAUGAGCGUGACUUUUUGAGAACUGAGGGCGACCCUGGAGCUGCUGGAUAUACAAUCAAGGAAGCAGUAUCUUUGGUUAGAAGCAUGAUUCCAGGACAGCGAGCUCUUGCUUUGCAACUUUUGGCUGCCGUACUUGACCAGGCUUUGUGCAAUUUACAACCAAAAAAUGUAACUGGUUGUGAACUCGGUGUCGUUCAAAAUGGUCAUGAUUCUGUUGACUGGCAAGCUCUUUGGGCUUAUGCUAUUGGUCCAGAACCAGAACUGAUCUUAACUUUAAGAAUGGCUCUUGAUGACAAUCAUGCAUCUGUGCUUGUGGCAUGCACAAAAGUUAUUCAUUGCAUUUUGUGUUGCAACCUGAACGAGCAUUACUUCCUCUUGUCAGAGCUAGUGGGUGUUCACUUGAAGAGCAUAUAUACUGCCCCUGUUUUUCGGGUUAAGGGAGAAAUUAGUUCAGGCUUCCUUAAUGGUGGGUUUUGGAAAUACAGUGCAAAACCAUCAAAUAUCAUUCCCUUCAAGGAUCAGUCUAUGGAUGACGAGAAUGAUGAAGAGCACACCAUAAAGGAUGAUGUUGUUGUAGCAGAGCAGGACAUUGCAGCAGGAUUGAUAAGGAUGGGGGUACUCCCAAGAAUCCGCUACAUGAUGGAGAUGGAUCACAAUGUUGCUGCUGAAGAAUACCUUCUACCUGUCCUUAUUGCUUUUGCACGUCAUUCCCCUGCAUGUGCACGUGCUAUCAUGGAAUGUCCUCGGCUUGUCGAUACUGUCAUUAACCGCUUUGUUAAAACAGGAACCUUAUCAAUCAGUUCUUCCGAGAUAAAAUCAAUACGUCUUCUAACAGUAUUAUCUGAAUCCAGCAAGUCAAAUUGUGAAUAUUUUAUUAAGAAUGGUGCUUUUACUGCUGCUAUGCGGCAUAUAUAUGCAUCACCCAAUUCCCUAGAACAAUGGCUGAAAUUUGGUCGUGAAUCUGCUGUACUCAUUUCAUCUAUUUUGGUUGAACUGCUUCGCUUCUGGAAGGUCUGUAUUUGUUAUGGAUACUGCAUAUCCUAUUUUUCAGAUUUUUUCCCUGCGAUGUGCCUUUGGUUGAGCCCACCUGCCAUUGACAUGCUAAUUGGAAGCAAGGUGUUCUGUGAGUUCAAUUCUGUUGCAAAGGAAUCUUACAUGGUGCUUGAAAUCCUUUGUAGACGACUUCCAUAUCCUGGCACGGAGCAAGAAGGGGAAGGAGGAAACUGCAAUAGUGGAAGUUCACUCACUUGGUCAUGGGGCCAUGCAUUUCCGAUGGUUGAUUUUGCAUUGAAAUGGAUGUCCUUGAAGAAUAAUCCUUCCUCUUUCAUUAUUGAGCAGCACCUAGAAAGGAACGACCAUGUUAUCCAAGGCUCGUUCAGAAGCAGUUUAAUCUCAGUUAUUGCAUCAGUCUUACACAUGCUUUGCUCUCUGUUUGAGAGGAUGACAUCUGAGGGCAAUAUCGAUCAUGGACAUGACUAUCAUGUUCUUUUGUCUAGGUUGUCAAAAUGUGCUGCUAACAUUGUGCAACAGAUUGACAAAAAUGGGCUGCUGAGUUUUUCUGACACAGAUGCAGAUGAAGAAAUUUCUUCUACUAGAGGAUAUCCUUUUGUGGAGAAAAUAUGCUACUGGAGAACUCAUGGUGAUUGUGAGACAUCAAUAUCUUGCUCAUGCUUCCUUGAUGGACUAAUCCGACUUGUAUUUUUGCUCCGUAAAUUCUUUCAUACGAUUAAACAGGAAACUGGCAUUGCUGAUAAUCAAACAAUGGUAGCUAUCAAUAUUGUUUCUCAAAUUGGAUUGGAAGAUGUACUUGUCAUCUUUAUGAACUUUUUAACCCUAGAAUGGCAUAUUGUUCAGUCCAUUGAGAUGUGUUACAGAGGUGGUCCAGCUCCAGGACUUGGAAUUGGUUGGGGUUCUUACGGUGGUGGGUUUUGGUCAACAAAGGUUUUGCUGUCUCAAAUAGAUGCAAGAGUGGUGGUUGACUUGCUCGAGUUACAUCCAAUCAGAUUUGAGAAGGAAGAAGUUUCCAAGUCUUGUGCACUGCAGAAAGUCACUGCUGCACUUGCUGUAUGCUUAAUUUUAGGUCCACAAGAUACAUUUGUUAUUGAGAAGGCCUUCAAAAUAUUGUUUGAUGUUCCUGUCUUGAAAUUUCUGAGUAGCUGUAUUCACUGCUUCCUUUACAAUAACUUGAUUGAGCCAUUUGGUUUUACAUUCACUGAAGAGGAUUUCCAUCACUUUAGUGGGGCUUUAGCUUCUCACUUCUGUAAAAGGUGGCUAAAGAGGAAAGUAAAGUCUGUUAAAGCUCAUCUUGGAGCAGAAAAUCAGGGCAAGCCUUUACACAGCAGGUCUAAAAAGUUAAAUAUCCUGGAUACAGUAGAUGAGGAAGUGGUGGAGGCUGAAGAAAGAAAGUAUGAGUCUCAUACUUCUCUAAUAAUAGAAUGGGCACACCAGAGAUUACCACUUCCUACACAUUGGUUCCUCAGUCCUUUAACGACUUUGGGGAGACUGCAAUCAAUUUCCAACUCCACUGCAGAAUUUAAUCACCUGGAUAAUAGAUUCUACGAUGAGGAUAUUCCUCUUCUUGUCAAAAGUGGGCUUUUUUUCCUCCUAGGUCUGGAGGCUAUGUCGUCCACAAAAUCUGAUGCUCAUUGCUCUUCAAUUUCAACCAUACCGUUGGUUUGGAAACUGCAUUCUCUUUCUAUGGUUUUUCUUGUAAAUGAUGCUGUAUUAGACGAACAAACAAAACAUAUGUUUGAAAUAUUGCAAAAAUUUUAUGGGCAGAAGCUGGACCAAGAAAGAGGUAAAUACAUCAAGGUACUUGGCAACGAGAUGGACAAUUCAUUUUGUCACUCUGAAACAUUUCAUGAAAAGACUCCAGAAGGGACCUCUUUGGAAAUUCUCAACUUCCAAAGGGAUGUACAUUCCAGUUAUUCUAGCUUUAUUGAAACACUUGUAGGGCAAUUUGCUUCUGUAUCCUAUGGUGAUAUGGCUUAUGGACGUCAACUAGCAAUCUAUCUGCAUCGAUCCGUUGACAUUCUAGUUAGACUUGCAACAUGGAAUGCAUUGUCUGAUGCUCGAGUUAUGGAUCUCUUGCCUACAAUAGAGAAUUGCAUUCCCAAGGUUGAAGGGUUUCUUUAUCCUCCAGAGGACAAUGAAGAGGUUUUGGAGGCCUAUGCUAAGUCAUGGAUUUCUGGUUCCCUGGACAGAGCUGCUCUUAGAGAAUCUAUCUGUUUUACCAUAGCAAUGCACCAUCUUUCGUCCUUGUUUUUCAUCAAUACCAAGAUGCCCUCAAGGCUGAGGAACAAAUUGGUGAAGUCGCUAUUGCGUGACUAUUGUCGCAAGCAAGAGCACAAGGCAAUGCUCCUCAGGUUAAUCAGGCACGAACACACAUCAUCUACAGAAGCAGGACAACUGGACAAGAAGUUCCAAAUGUUACGAGAAGCUUGUGAAGGGAAUUCAUCGUUGCUUUCUUCGGUUGAGAAGCUCAAAUGUGUGUGUUCCUCGUCAACAGAAUAGGCAAACCUGAAGAAAUACGAGAUUGUAUAUUAUUAAAAAUAAGGUCUGUAGGUAAAUGGAUUUGCCUGUGUAAUUUAAGAAGGCGUUUGGUAUCAGGAACACUGUUCCGGUAAUGCUGUGUUUUUUUGGCAAUGUAUGAUUCUCACCAAAUGUCGUACAGAAGAUCACAAGGAACAUUGUGUUAUUCGUGUCCUCCAAAAA